AUGGGUUCCCAGCACUGCACCGUCGAGCGCAAGCUCCAGCCGCAUGGCGAACCUAGGUCGUGGUAUCGUGACGGCUUCUUCCUCACCACCGACAAGGCCUUCCUCGACCCCCGCGCCGUCAACGACGUCUUCGACUCGGAGCUCAUGUGGUGGAACGACCCGCUCGAGCCCAAGCAGAUGCGAAAGAUGCUCGACAACUGCAUGACCCUCAGCAUGUACGCCGUGCCGGACACGGCGGAGCAGAUGAAAGCAAACGGCGGCCUCCCCCACGUCAUCCAGGGCGGCGCCCAGUUCAGCCUCUGCGGCCUCGCCCGCGUCGUCACCGACUACGUCACCUUUGCCUACCUCACCGACGUCUUUGUCCUCGAGAAAUUCCAACGCCGCGGCCUGGCCUCGUGGAUGAUGCGCUCGCUCAAGGAAAUGGUCGACGAGUGGCCCAACCUGCGCGGUCUCAUCCUCAUGACUCACGACGAAUCCGCCGCCAAGAUGUACCAGCGCGAGCUGGGCGCCGUCGACUUCGACGACGGUCCCUCGGCCGGCCUCGUCCUGCUCGAGAUGGGCGGCAAGGGCCAGAAGGAUCCCCCGGCUCACUGA